AUGGCGGAAUGCGCCAACGGCAAGGAGACAGGUACUGAGGAAGCAUUGGUUGCGCUGAAGGGCAAAGACGUCGCAGAGCUGCGGGCCAUGGCCCAGCGCCUGGAGAAAGGCCAGGAGUCGCUGCAGGAGAUGUUGAAGGACUUGGAGACUGAGCGUGAGGAGCUGCAUAAAGAGAAGGCACAGCUCAACGACACCAUCUCGCUCAUUAUGAAGGAUCUCCAGAAGCUGCACAUCGGAGCGCAGAACACCGUAGAACCUGUUCUGGAGGAGGGUCCUCUGGACUUCGUUGGCCGUUUCUGGGAGACGGUGAAGCCGAGGGACAGCGCAUACAUGGCUGGCGAGAACAUCGGCGAGAUCAGGAAGCCUGGGGAGAAGGCUGAGAAGCCUCCCAAUGCGCCACUCGCCGCGUUGCAGCACAUGCAGCAGGAGCUGCCCCAAUCCAUGCAGGAGGCAGCCAAAGAGGUUCAGGACAUGGGCAAGCAGGCCGCCCGCAAGCUGUCCACUGCUUUCGAGGAAGCUCGCUCGAGCGCGUGGUGGCAGAAAGCACAGGGCUACCUGGAUGAGAAACGGACGGAGAUCGCGAAGAAGGUCUCCGAAGUCCAAGCAAACGCACAAGCAGCCGCGCAGGCUUCGUCCAUGCCUCCACGAAGGCCGAGGAGAGAGCCGAAGGCUGCACCUGCCGCAGAGCCUACGCAAAACGGGCCCAGCCCAGCGGAAGCUUCGGAAGCGGCCCCCGCUGCUGCCGACCCACCUGCGGAGGCCAGCUCGCCAGCAAAGCCAAAGACGCCAGCCGACAAACCAGCAGAGAAGCCAGCAGAAGUUCCUGCAGCGGAGCAGGCCGAUCCCAGCCCAACUGCCAAAAGUCCGGCAGCGGACCGGCAGGAGACAAUCCUCGUACAGGCCCAGGUCAAGAUCGGGGACGGAAGUGUUCAGCCGCUCCACGUGCGGGCCUCCGACAGAUGUAAGGAUGCUGCAGAGCGGUUCGUGGCAGAGCACUCUUUAAAGGCAUCUUUUGUGAAGCCGCUCACAGACUUCCUGAAGAAGGUCGAGCGUGAUGCCGACACGUUCCCGGUUCACGUGGAGGCGACAUGCUAUCCGAUAGCGGAGAGUUUGCAGACGGCCCCAGAACUACACUCGGAUCUCCACGAGGAGGGGGGCGUUUUCGAAGGACCAAGGAGAGGAGUUCGGCGAGAGUCCUAUCCAAUGCACCAUGGUCUCAAUGCGGAACGAAUGCGUGAAGUUCUUCCCUCACUCAAAGUGACGGAGAGCGUCCCUGAGCAGGGCUGGUGGCCCGGAGGAGUAGAGCAGCCCGCAGCGGCCACUGAUCGCGCACAUCGAUGUGCGGAGUGGCUGUGGAAGUUAGCCGAAGAGCAAGGCGCAGAAGAAAGCCGGAGUAGCGAAAGUCCUGGGGCCGUCGUCUGUGUCACCCAUGGCCUCUUCAUGGAUCGGCUGCUGAAGGCUUUGGCAGGACUAGAUCCUCAUUUGGGCAGCGUGCUUUUCAUGUCUUUCAACUGUGCAUACUGGCUGGUGCAGUUGCGCCUCAACCACGACGAACACACUCCAAGGAUAGCUGUCAUGGCAGCGUGCAAUGUCGUCGACCAUGUGCCUAUGUCAAUCAGGACCGGGCACAGCAUGUGUGGCAUCUCCCACUGCCAACCUUCGUAUGCUGCAAGCUGA